GCCCGGGGAGCGGUGUUCUUCCUGCCCUGUGCCCCUGCUCCUGGUCUGCGGAAGUCUGCAGGUCUGUGCACUCUCCAUCGUCUCCCUGAGACCUUCAUGCUCCCAGGGCAGCCCCGGGAAUGAGUGUAGCAUCCAGCGCCCCGUCCUGCUGAGGGAGGACAGAUGUCCCAUGUGUUCGCUCCUCAGAUGAUUGAUAAGCACCUGCCAAAGAAGGCCAGAUCAUGUGACCGGGAGCUGGGAGUUCAUCUUGAAGUCUGACUGGAACACCUCCUGCUGUAGUCAGCCUAGGGCCCCGGGAGAGUUGCUGGGCCGGUUCUGGUUCCCUGCUGCCCGCAGCCCUUGGGAAGCCUCCUGGGCCCCAGAGGCUGCCUCUGGGAAGAGCAGGUUCCAUGCACAAAGAUGCAGAAAGAUGCCUAAAGUCACCUUCUGCUCCAGGACCCUUCCCAGCAUCACCUCUCUUCUCAGGCUGAGACUGACCUUGGGGCCCAGAAGUUUCAACCAGGCAGAGAGCUCAAGGGACCAUGGGCCGGGGGUGGAGGAAGCCAGAGGGUGUCUGCACAUCUCCUAGAUGUGCAGCUCGUAGAGAAAGGUGAGGAAGGGGCCAAACCCACAGCAAGAGUGACGUGGGUCAGACUCUGACCAUCGGGGCUGUACAGGCUGAGGCUGCCUCUUCCUGAACCCCUCGGGACAAUGACCGGUAGAUGCUGGCCCAGGUAUUUAACAUGGUGGGAUGGGGGGGGAAUGGUGACCAGCAGAAGUUUUGCAGAUCAGUGAGGCUAAAACAAGCCAGCGGGAACAGAGGAAACCUAGAUUCGUCGGGUCCCGAGCCUGCCUUUCCAAGGACCCACAUGCCAUGCCAAGCCCUCCUAUCCCAGUUCAGCCCCGAUCCCCGGGAACUGAGCAGGUAGGGCCUCCACCCCACUGUCUCCCAAGUCCAUAGCCUCCCCAGGACAGGCUGGCUCUGCUUGGCCCUGCCAAGCCCAACCGGGACAGAUGAAGGCCAGCUUGGGUCCCAUGCCACUCACCCCAGAGAGCUGAGGGGGUGCAGAGAGCAGGGGCGAGAACAUCUGGUAACAUAAAGGGUCAAGCGAGCUGACCUGGUGUGUGCACGUGGGCCCCCUGCCGCCGGGAGGUUACCCCCUACCAGUCUCUCUCCUGGCCUUCUGAGUGCAGCAGUUUCUGCCUCCAAACGUUCCCCCGGGUCAGAGUGAGCUAGACACCCAGCAUCUUGGGUCCGUCCACCAUCAGCUCCUCCUGAGGCCUGCCUACGUGACCAGGCUCCGCAAGGGCUGGAGAUACACUGUGAGUGAGAGCUGCACUCUCUGUUCACCCGUCUCUGGGGGUCGUGGAUCCCUAGACGCUGAGCGCAAAGUACUCUGGGGAAGAUGCCCUUAAUUGGGAGUUUCCUGGCCAUGCAUGUGCUCAGGGACAUGGAUGUGCCGCGUGGAGGAUGUGGGAGCCCGUGUGAGGAGAUGCUCUAGCUGCACCUGGGGUUCGGGCGCCCUGGGAUCUUGGGGCCUUCAGCAUACAGAACGUGAGGACGCACGCGUCCAGUGACCACAUGAACGUGCACACGCGUUGUCAUGUCUGGCGCCAUGCCCGGGCACUCGGAGCCCUAGGCCACACCCGGGCAGUGUGGGCGCAGCCCCUGCUCACGCCCGGGCUCACCCCCUCCCCACUGCCCACUGCCACGCCAUGGCCGGGGACCGGCUCCCUCGGAAGGUGAUGGAUGCCAAGAAACUGGCCAGCCUGCUGCGGGGCGGGCCCGGGGGCCCACUGGUCAUUGACAGCCGCUCCUUUGUGGAGUACAACAGCUGGCACGUGCUCAGCUCUGUCAAUAUCUGCUGCUCCAAGCUGGUGAAGCGGCGACUGCAGCAGGGCAAGGUGACCAUCGCAGAGCUGAUCCAGCCCACCUCACGCAGCCAGGUGGAGGCCACGGAGCCGCAGGACGUGGUGGUCUAUGACCAGAGCACAAGGGACGCCAGCGUGCUGGCCGCAGACAGCUUCCUCUCCAUCCUGCUCAGCAAGCUGGACGGCUGCUUCGACAGCGUGGCCAUCCUCACAGGGGGCUUUGCCACCUUCUCCUCCUGCUUCCCUGGCCUCUGUGAGGGCAAGCCUGCUGCCCUGCUGCCCAUGAGCCUCUCCCAGCCCUGCCUGCCCGUGCCCAGCGUGGGCCUGACCCGCAUCCUGCCUCACCUCUACCUGGGCUCCCAGAAGGAUGUCCUGAACAAGGAUCUGAUGACCCAAAACGGAAUAAGCUACGUCCUCAACGCCAGCAGCUCCUGCCCCAAGCCUGACUUCAUCUGUGAGAGCCGCUUCCUGCGCAUUCCCAUCAACGACAACUACUGUGAAAAGCUGCUGCCCUGGCUGGACAAGUCCAUCGAGUUCAUCGAUAAAGCCAAGCUGUCCAGCUGCCAAGUCAUCGUCCACUGUCUGGCCGGCAUCUCCCGCUCUGCUACCAUCGCCAUCGCUUACAUCAUGAAGACCAUGGGCAUGUCCUCCGAUGACGCCUACAGGUUCGUGAAGGACCGUCGCCCGUCCAUUUCGCCCAACUUCAAUUUCCUGGGCCAGCUGCUGGAGUACGAACGCAGCCUGAAGCUGCUGGCCGCCCUGCAGGGCGACGGGGCGUCCCACCCUGGGACCCCGGAGCCCCUCCCGGGCCCUGCCGCCCCACUGCCGCCGCUGCCACCACCUACCUCAGAGAGUGCUGCCACCGGGAGCGCAGCGGCCACCACCACCAGGGAGGGCGCACAGAUGGGGGGUGGGGAGACCCCCGCCCCCGCCCCCGCCCCGGCCACCAGCGCGCUGCAGCAGGGCCUGCGUGGCCUGCACCUCUCCUCUGACCGCCUCCAGGACACCAACCGCCUCAAGCGCUCCUUCUCGCUGGACAUCAAGUCGGCCUACGCGCCGAGCCGGCAGCCCGAAGACCCCGGGCCCCCCGACCCCGGGGAGGCCUCCAAACUCUGCAAACUGGACAGCCCGUCGGGGGGCGUGCUGAGCCUGCCCUCCCCCAGCCCCGACAGCCCGGACGCGGCGCCCGAGCCGCGCCCCAGGCUCCGCCGGCGGCCCCGGCCCCUAGCCGGCCCCCCGGCCCCGGCGCCGGGCCUCGGCCUGAACUUCGGCGACGCCGCCCGGCAGACUCCGCGGCUCGGCCUCUCGGCCCUGUCGGCGCCCGGGCUGCCCGGCCCUAGCCAGCCGGCCGGCCCUGGCGGCUGGGCGCCGCCGCUCGACUCCCCGGGCACGCCGUCCCCCGACGGGCCCUGGUGCUGCAGCCCCGAGGGCGCGCAGGGCGCGGGCGGCGCGCGGUUCGCACCCUUCGGCCGGGCCAGCGGGCCCGGCGCGGGAGGCGGCGAGCUGCGGCGGCGGGAGACGGCGAGGCCCGAGGCCCGGGACGCGAGGACCGGCUGGCCCGACGAGCCGGCCCCGGAGACGCAGUUCAAGCGCCGCAGCUGCCAGAUGGAGUUUGAGGAGGGCAUGGUGGAGGGGCGCGCGCGCGGCGAGGAGCGGGCCGCCCUGGGCAAGCAGGCCAGCUUCUCGGGCAGCGCGGAGGUCAUCGAGGUGUCCUGACCGCGGCCGGAAGCGGCCCCUCCGCGGGGACCCGGCGCCCCCAGCCCUUCCGCUGCCCUCGGCUGGGCCCGCUAUAAAUACAUAUUAUAUAUAAUGCAAUGAAAGGUAAAUGGUUUUACUGCGAUUUUUAUCGAGAAGUAAAUAUUUCAAUUUUUUAUUUA